ACAGAGACACCCUAAAGAGGAGGAGACUGGCAAAGUGCCUGGUCUGACAUUACAUUUGCUGGCCAACAUGAGGAAGUUGCUUCUCCAGGAGUGAGGCUCUGCUGUGAGGGCAGCCUGAGGCAGCAUCCUCACUGAUUGCAGUGGAUGGGAGUCCUUGGGUGUGCUGCUGAUCCCACCCACCAUGGGCAAGGGGACUCGAGAACCAACCUUGUCUGAACAAGAGGAAGCUUGGAAAGUGUGCACCAAAGGAGAGAAAGAGAGCAACUGGGGCUUCAAUGAGGAGUUGAAGUGGCAAAGGUCGCCCUCCACACGGGUUUAUCUCCCUCUGUGUGUGCUGCUGGUGCUUCUCGUCUUCCUCCUGGUGACCCUGACUGCUGUCCAUUUCAGAUCUCGUUCAGCUCGCCCAGACUUCUCCUUCGUGUGCCCAGACUCCUGGCUUGGCUUCCAAGGGAAGUGCUACUAUUUCUCUGAGGCUGAAGGCAACUGGACCACCAGCCACGACAACUGCAAGGCCCUGGGAGCUUCACUGGCCCUCAUAAGCAGCAUGGAUGAGCUGUCCUUCAUCAAGCGCUACAAAGGCGAAGCCAACCAUUGGUUUGGGCUACGGAAGGAGAACGACAACUGGUUGUGGGUUGAUGGAACAACCUUUGACAGCUGGUUUGAGGUGCGAGGUGGUGGACCUUGUGCAUAUCUGAACCAGGAGAGGAUCAGCUCCUCCCUGUGCCACACCAAGAAGAACUGGCUCUGCAGCAGACCUGAUGACUACAUCCUCUGGAAGCAAAAAGCAUACCCCUAAAAGAAAACCCCACCAUAAAAAACCUCAAAAAAACCAAUAAACAUCAUCUUUCAACUCCA